GGUGAAAUAGUGAGUAGAGCUCCGCACACGAGCCGUUGAACAUUUCCCUCUCUCUCUCUCUCUCUCUCUCUCUUCCCUCUCUCUCUCUCUCACACGAUCUCCUCCUCCUCCAUUCCCCCUCUCCCCGAUCCCUUCGAAACCCCCAAAUCCCUAAUCCCCAAUCCCACCGACGACGACGAGGAGGAGGAGGAGGAGGGAGGAGCACGAAGACGAUGAUCGCUUGCUCAAUCCCCGUCCCGAUCUCUGCAAUUAGGGUUUGGUGAUCGCUUCCUCAAUCGACUUCGUCGUCGUCUUUGGAGGCGGGGAGGGAGAGGGAGAGGGGGAGGGGGGAGGGGGAGAGAGGGGGAGAGGAUGUCGAAUCAUUUGUACGGGGAGUUCAACCAGAGGAUCGACUACGUGUUCAAGGUGGUGCUGAUCGGGGACUCGGCGGUGGGGAAGUCGCAGCUCCUCGCCCGCUUCGCCCGCAACGAGUUCAGCCUCGACUCCAAGGCCACCAUCGGCGUCGAGUUCCAGACCCGCACCCUCCUCAUCGACCACAAGACCGUCAAGGCCCAGAUCUGGGACACCGCCGGCCAGGAAAGGUACCGAGCGGUGACAAGCGCGUACUACCGAGGCGCAGUGGGGGCGAUGCUCGUCUACGACAUGACCAAGCGCCAGUCGUUCGACCACGUGGCGCGGUGGCUCGAGGAGCUGCGGAGCCACGCAGACAAGAACAUCGUCAUCAUGCUCGUCGGCAACAAGUCCGACCUCGGCACCCUGCGCGCGGUCCCCACCGAGGACGCCAAAGAAUUCGCCCAGCGCGAGAACCUCUUCUUCAUGGAGACCUCCGCCCUCGAGGCAACCAACGUCGAGACCGCCUUUAUGACUGUUCUUACCGAGAUUUACCGGAUUAUCAGCAAAAAAGCCCUUAUAGCUAAUGACGAGCCCGAAUCGGGGGGGAAUUCGAGCUUACUUAAAGGGACCAAGAUCGCCGUCCCCGGUCAGGAGCCCGCCGGUGGAACCAAAUCUAUGUGUUGUACUUAGUAGGCGGCUUUUUCGUCCUCUGAUUGUUUACGCUCUCCCGAGCCCUCGUAGAUCACCCUCUUUUUGUUUCCUUUCCGAAAGGAAGAAAAACAAAAAAGAAAGAAGAAAAAGAAACCCAGCAUUUUCGUUUCUUCGACACCAUUUUCUGUAACUUAAUUCGAUUUCGAAACUGUAAGAACCAUGAAGCAGUGGUUGUUCUUUCUUGUUGUUAGUUCUAUCAUAUACAGACAUGAUGAAAAUUUUGCGCCGCCUUUCGACUUGCU